CUCGGCGAAGCCCCGCCCCACUGAGCACCUGAGGGCCCUCAGACGGAGGAGGGCGGGGAAGCUGAGGUUUUCUCCGCCUCUACGUGAAGGGUGGCGAGCUCCGUGUGGGCCUGUGAAAUUGCCCGGCUGAGUGUAAGGAGCUUCUCUUCGCGUUGCGUUGGAGAAGGCGGCGGCUCCUCUUCUCUGGCUGUAGCAGAGGCUGAAUAAGAAUAAAAGAGUCUGAAAAACUUGGAGAGAUAAAAUAUAUUCAGUUUUCGAAGCAGAAGAUCGACAAAGUGAGUAAGCUGUGGGAGAUCAAUCAAGUGAAUACAAAACAAAAGAAUUUUCAGGAAAUGUACAAUUUUGAGGACGAGUUGACGUGUCCCAUUUGUUACAGUAUUUUUGAAGAUCCUCGUGUACUACCAUGCUCUCAUACGUUUUGUAGAAACUGCUUGGAAAACGUUCUUCAGGCAUCUGGUAACUUUUAUAUAUGGAGACCCUUACGAAUUCCACUCAAGUGCCCUAAUUGCAGAAGUAGUAUUGAAAUUGCUCCAACUGGUAUUGAAUCUUUACCUGUUAAUUUUGCAUUAAGGGCUAUUAUUGAAAAGUACCAGCAGGAAGAUCAUCCACAUAUUGUCACUUGCCCUGAACAUUACAGACAACCAUUAAAUGUUUACUGCCUACUAGAUAAAAAGUUAGUUUGUGGUCAGUGCCUUACCAUAGGCCAACAUCAUGGUCAUCCUAUAGAUGAUCUUCAAAGCGCCUAUCUAAAAGAAAAGGACACACCUCAAAAACUGCUUGAACAGUUAACAGACACACACUGGACAGAUCUUACUUGUCUUAUUGAAAAGCUGGAAGAACAAAAAUCUCAUUCAGAGAAAAUGGUCCAAAGUGAGAAAGCAGUUGUUCUCCAGUAUUUUAAGGAGCUUAGUGAUACAUUAGAACAGAAAAAAAAAAAUUUCCUAACUGCUCUCUGUGAAGUUGGCAAUCUGAUUAAUCAAGAAUAUACUCCACACAUUGAAAGAAUAAAAGAAAUGAGAGAGCAGCAGCUUGAAUUAAUGACAUUGACAACAUCUUUACGAGAAGAGUCUCCACUUAAAUUUCUUGAAAAAGUUGAUGACAUCCGCCAGCGUGUGCAGGUCUUGAAACAAAGUCCACUUCCUGAGGUCCAAUGUAUUGAAAUUUAUCCUCGAGUAAGCCAAGUAUUGAAAGAAGAUUGGAACAGAACAGAAAUUGGAAAAAUAAAAAAACUUCUCAUUCCUGAAAUGAAAAUUUCUUCACAAAGAAUGCCAUGUUCCUGGCCUGAUGAUGUAAAGGAAGUUGAAUUUUUUAAGAUUCUAAAUGUCAUUAUAGUUACACUAAUUUCAGUGAUACUGAUGUUGAUCCUUUUUUUUAAUCAACACAUAAUAACCUUUCUAAAUGAAAUCACUUCACUAUGUUUUUCUGAAGUCUCUCUAUUCGUUUACCAAAGUUUAUCUAACAGUCUGCAUGAUUUACAGAAUACACUAUGUCACACUUUAUAUUUACUGAAGGAAUUUAUGUGGAAUACAGCUUUUCAUUGAAAAUUCAGAUCUAAAUUAUUGAAAUAGGCUUACUCUGUACAGGGACUAACAACCAUUGUUAAAUGGAGAAAUAGGGGUUGCAUGGAUAAAUAGAAUAGCAAACUAAACUUUAUUAGAGUUACAACAAAUAUAUAGAAAUAUUUUAAACCUUUCAUGCUUCUGUUGGAUAGAAAUGUGUCAGAAAUAAGACAAUAUUUCUGGUUUUCAGUUUAAAAACUAGAAUAAAAUCUAAUGAUUUCUUGACUUGAAUAUUAUUAUCCUAUUUGUUUUUAUUGGUUAGAGAGGUUGACUUAAUAUUGCUGUGACAUUUAAACAUUCUUGUACCAGUAUUGUCUUUUAGCAUUAAUAUACUGUAGUGAUUGGCUUUGCAGUUCUUCAUGCAAAUUAGCUUUUAGAUUAAAAGAUGGCAAAAACCUGAAAGUGCCUAUGCCUUUAUUUUUGAUGUGGCUUGAAACUUUUAAAUGGGCAAAUAUAGUGAUGUUUU